GGAGUUAUUUAUAUAAUCGCAAAAGUAAUUUGCUUCGUUCAAUAUUAUUAUUACACAAAAUUUUAGCCGUAAUGAAAUAAUUCACCUUACGUGAUGAGUAUAAAGAAUGGAAUAACAAUAGAAGAAUUCAUAGAAUCAUGCAAUAAGUUUUGUGAGAUUUCAGAAAGACUAAGUGAUGGCUGGAAGUUUUAUGGAAACGAAGUUGAUAAAUAUAAGAGCUACAUAAAAAAAUGCAGCUUUUUGCAGCAGGUCAAAUCUGAUAUAAAUACUUUGUUGAGAGCAGAGUUUGUAAUAUUUUAUAACCUUAGUUAUGGUGUUCCAUCAUUCAGUUUUAAUGUUUGGAACUCAUCUGGUGUACUUUUAAGUUUAGAGGAAAUUAGGCAGAUGUCUCUAAUAAGUAUAAACAAAGACAACUUUUUUUCUAUUAUUACUCAACAAGAACACCCUGUAUUACUGCGACCUUAUUUUGUGAUUCAUCCAUGCCACACAGAAGUACUAUUGAGGGAGUUAAAAGAAGUAUCCAAGAAUAUAAUAGUUACCUUCUUAGGAUUGGUAACUCCUUUACUAAGGCUAGACUUGCCCUUUGAAUAUGGACUGUAAAUAGAUUGCAAUUUCUUUAUUUUACUACU